AGUCAUAAUCAGAUCAAGGUGGUGUCUGAGUUUGCAAUCAUUCUGCCUGCGCUCGAAGUUCUGGAUCUGUUUUCGAACCGGAUUACUUCGUUGGGUAUGCUUUUGCUGUGUACACCCAGUCUGACGCAUUUGCUGCUGGGCCGGAAUAUGAUCACCGAGACGCCGGAGGGAGUGGAGGGAUUGUCUGGGUUGCAUACUUUGGAUAUCUCGCACAACGCGCUGAGUAAAUUGAGUUCUGGUCUGGGAUUGAUUGACUCGUUGGAGGAGUUGAAUCUGCACGAGAACCGGAUCAGCGAGAUCUGGCCGGAGUCGUUCCGCGGGCUGGCCAAGAUCGAUUUAUCGAAUAACUCGAUCGGGUACCUGCCACCCGAACUGGGGAAGAUCAAGAGUCUGGUGGAGCUGAAGGUGCUGGGGAAUACGUUUAAGACGCCGCGGUUGCAGGUUGUGGAGAAGGGGACGGAGGCGUUGUUGGAGUGGUUGAGGCUACGGCUGCCGGAUGAGGAGGUGUGA